AUGGCGUUCGUGGAUGGACAUCUGCUGCAUAGACCCAGAGAUGGUCUCGUCGACCGGUCCGAGAUUCGUAUGGCUUUCGAAGGUCACGGUUCCCUGGAGAUCGAGACUAUUCUCGACGACGUCGCGCUCGAAAUCUCGAAGCCCAACCUCACUGCUUAUGGGGUUGAGCAAGGACCUGACGUAUUCUAA